UCGUCCUCGUCGUCGUCCUCGUCGUCGGUCGUGCCUCUAAUGCGUUCCUGAUGACAGAAGCUGCAGUUCCCGAUCGGAGAAAUUAUAUGACGCGCCGUGGGAUACAUGUACGCCGCAUUAUAGCCGACCACGUGGUGACCGCUUUCAUUCUAUCGAAUGUACAUCGCCGCAACAGUUGGCGGCUGCUCGCGCCGGUUGGGGCUAAUCUCGCGGCGUCAGCUCAGAAAUCCUCGGAGCACACAUGUUCUGCGUUUCGCAGCUGUUCUGUCAUCGCAUUGGUCCUACUGUCGCGUAAUCCAUUUCGAAUGACCGCCCGCACGCGCGAUUUCUCCUGCCGCGCGCACGUUCGAACGAAAUUUCUCCUGCUUCCGAUAGAACGACGGAAAUAAUGACACUUAAUGGGAAUUCAUUCGCGAGUACACGACGGAACCGUAGUUUUCUGUGUCGUUGUACACACGGUGUAAUGGGGAUAAUUAUUGUCUGAAAGCUGGUAUGCAAAUCGCGGAUGACGACAGACGUGGAAACGAAUGGAUAGGAAAGGAGGAUAGUAAAUCGGCGGCGCUGGGUAUUAACGGUAGACGAUUUUCAGCGAGCUCAGAGGCCGGUAUCUCGCGCGAUCGAUCAGCAAUACGACACCUUUACAUCGAAAGUGCAUCGAGUUGUCAUCAAGUUGUCAAUUUGUUUCGUUACGCUCGAUUACCGUGCGGUCGUUACGUCGAGCAUAGAGCAACGUGAAUUAUGCUCGUAUCAUAUGUAUACCCCAUACAGCUACGUUCGACGUACCAUUAGUGAUUGCUAACGUAUUUAUCCCGCUCUGCGGGGAUCGAUUUCGGGUUAAUUCCGCGACGAGAUUAUUAGCAGAUUUGUAGGCGACACGAUUCGCAAUGAAUGUUCCCGUGUCCCCAUUCUUGCCGAUGCCGCGAUUAACGACGCGAAACUCCUCGCUGUUUCAAUUCGCGUUCGGUUCGAUCGUGUAAUCGAAUCGAUUUUCUUUUUUUACUGGACGCAGUCGAUUAAAAAAGGAGAACCGUGUUUCUCGAACAGGAUCGUAGAACAUCGAACUGUGACCGACGACAUAUUUUUUUGUCAUCGAAUUGUUGAAACUAUGAAGACCCUUUCUUGAGAAACGAUCGAUUAGAUUCCUUCGUUCAAGCUUACAUUAUAAUAAAAUAGCAAUCCAAAUAAACCCAGUCUUGUCAUUUUAAUAGAGCAACGUCAUAUUAGUCACUUUCGGAGCGAUUUAGCGUUAAUUCGGCACGAAAUAUUUUUCAUCCUCCUCGUGUAUCGUUUUUCUUUUUUUUUCGUAAUUUACCACCGCAGUUUGCGACGGUAAAAUAUCGUUUAGCUCCGAAACAAAAAAAAAAGAAGAAAGAAAACAGAAAUGGAAUGUCGCAAAAUUCGCGGUUCGAAAGAAAAAAAAAAGGGGGACGAGGCGAGAUUUCGACUCGCUCCUAUAUGGGUUACUAUUAGGUAGGUGCUCAUUAUGCGAAUGCCUGACUUUGGAAUUACCACACCGGUAGAACCGUUAUAUGUAUUUGGCACCACGCCACAUCUUCGGCGUGCCCGAUUCAUGGUUAGCAUGGAACAACGGACGUGUAAACAGCCGGCAGUGAUUUUUAUUCAACCGCGGCCCCGUAGCGAAAGAAAGAACAGGUGUCGCAGUCUAUCCUGGCACGGAUCGCAAAGCGGAAUAAUAACUAAUGUAUGCCGGUAAUAAACAAGCGCCCGUAGGUUCGCCGCGCUAACGGAAUUCGGUAUAGAUCACUGGCGGAUCGUAAUUACCUUCCACUCGAUACUCACGCUCGCGGUCUCGACCGAAUGCAUUAAUUACAGCGGGGGGGACGCGUGAACUUUCGUGUUUAUUCGUAGACACCGUGGAUGGCAACGCGCGGCUUAUCGCGCGCGGCACCGUAAUUAUUUUCGUUCUCAUAAUAGGCCGAGAUUUCGCGUGUGCGGGUGCCGGCCAAUGAAAUAGAGCGGCGGCUUCGAUAAUCGAUCGCAAAAGCAGGCGCCCGCGGGCGUCAAUAGGGACGCCGAAUGGCUUGUUCGUGGCCUUUUAGAAAUUCCCAGCGCGCCGGCAUCGAAACGCCAGACAAACAGCCACUCAAAUCCCAAAUCGGUGAUUUGUCGCACGUAUCGGCCUGUUGUCCGAUCCGGAAUCGAACGAAAAUCUAUUGGCAGGGACGAUCCCGGCCUCGGAUCCGUGUAAGUGGAUUCGGUAAGAACGCCGAGACCCGAUAGACGGGAACCUACUUGCCUACAUUCGUGGCACCGGCGUGCACCUUGAACCUGCAUAAUUCCGAUGAAUCGCAUUACCUCGUCGCGUCUCCGUCGUUCCUCACUUUAAACGGGUAAAUAGCACCGCGCGUGUCCGGAUCGCAUUCGUAUCGGAAUGCAUUAAUCGAGGCACCGUCGAUUCUUUUUACGGGAAGCUCGAAAGUGUCUCGUGUUCGUCUCGAUAGCGAAACCUCGUUCUGGUUUCGUGUGCGACGACGAGGACAACGACGUCGUCGACGACGACGACGACGACGGCGGCGACGACGAAGGACGAUCGACGGCGACGAACGCGAAAAAUAUUUGCGAUUUUUCGGGACACGAUAUCGGCCCGGCGAAUUCAGUUCAUACCUAUAGAUGUCGAUCGUGGCAGUCGGGUGUCAUGAGUACAACGAGGUAACGGAGCGAAAACCCGGACAUUCGGCAGGAAUUUGGGACAGGUGGCCUAGUGGUCGCACGAGGCGAGCGUGUCUGAUAAUUGACGAUUAAACACGAGUCUGGCGUUCACUGAUGGACUGGUUCGUUCGUUCGUUCGUUCGGUGUUCGACGUUUCCUACUAAUAACUUAUUGUCACGUUCCGGUCGCGCUUGUUCCUUCGAGAUUAUUGCAAAAGUAACCGAUUUCGGUGGAAGAGAUUAAUCGGAUCAACGGUUCGCGAUUAAUGAUUACGAUUGCUAAGUGAUCCCGCGAUCAUGAUUAAUGUAUAACUGAUAUUAUCGAAGGAAAUGUAAUCGUUCGUUGUUGUUACCAUCGAUAGCAUUAUUUUUCAUUGUGAUUAUAACAAAAGUUUCAUGUUGUGGUAUACAAUAAUCAUUUAAAUAAAAGAUCUCGAUCGUCGAUCUCUUUCCCGAGGAACGUACCGGAUAAUUAUACCGUCACGUGUCCACUUUGAUCGCCGAAAUACACAUCGCCUCAUCGAAAGGAUUCGAACACGCGAGAUUAUUGUCAUAGUCGCACAUUUACAGUGCUCCACCGUGGACGCUAAUACGGUAUGCGGUGGCGAAUCUUCAUCUUAGCCUGUCUCCUAUUGAAGGGGCUGGCUCGAACGGAGGAUGUGGAGGUGGUGGAGGCGAUCCCCGGCGAGGACAAUCGGAACGACAACUCGGCUUUGAAUCGGCAGGACAACGACAUUAACACGCCCGACCAAUUAGCGUUGGAGUCCCUCGGGGAGAAAGAUGCCGGCGGCAAUCACUAUAAGCCGGGUGGUCUCAGAGGACAUCCGCUUCCAAUGCCGCCGAGCCGAGGAAGUCUGGGGCUACCUCAUCCACGGCCGCACCAUAAUGUCGCGUACCAUGGCCCUCCGCCGCCGUUGCCGCCCUCGAAGACCCCGUCGGAGGCCAUCGACAAGAUCUACACGACGGGAGGCGGCAUCAGCUCGGCGGUAGGCGUGGAGCCUUGGCCGGCACCCACGCCAGACAUGCCGAAGAUCAUCUCGCUGGACGUGAAGUGCGAGAAAAACCUGAUGAAGGUCUACCUCGGCUUCGACAAGCCGUUCUACGGCAUAGUGUUCAGCAAGGGCCACUACAGCAACGUAAACUGCGUGCACCUGCCGGCCGGUUUAGGGCGCACCUCGGUGAACUUCGAGAUUAGCAUUCAUGCAUGCGGCACAGCUGGCAAUACGGAGAACGGUCUCUACGGAUACGGCGCCGAAUCCGGGUCGGGGACGUACUUCGAGAACAUAAUCGUGGUGCAAUACGAUCCGCAAGUUCAAGAAGUUUGGGACCAGGCGCGCAAGCUGCGCUGCACUUGGCACGAUCUCUACGAGAAGUCCGUUACCUUCCGUCCGUUCCCGGUCGACAUGUUGGACGUGGUGCGGGCCGACUUCGCCGGCGACAACGUCGGCUGCUGGAUGCAGAUCCAGGUCGGCAAGGGGCCGUGGGCGUCGGAGGUCUCCGGGCUGGUCAAGAUCGGCCAGACGAUGACGAUGGUGCUGGCGAUCAAGGACGACGACUCCAAGUUCGACAUGCUCGUGAGGAACUGCAUGGCCCACGAUGGGAAACGGGCCCCGAUACAGCUGGUGGACCAGAGGGGCUGCAUCACGCGGCCCAAGCUGAUGUCGCGGUUCACCAAGAUCAAGAACUUCGGCGCGUCCGCGUCGGUCCUCUCCUACGCCCACUUCCAGGCGUUCAAGUUCCCCGACUCGAUGGAGGUGCACUUCCAGUGCACCAUACAGAUCUGCCGGUACCAGUGUCCCGAACAGUGCUCCGAGUCACCUCUGCUGCUGGAGUCCCAAGGGCUCCUCGAAAAUCAUCAUCAUUCGAACGGCCAUCCCGAUUCCAGCUACGGCAUUCCGCCACCCAUUCCGCUUCCGUUGGAAGCGUACCUGCAGGCUGCGGCCGGACGGCCGCGGGACGAAAGGCGGAGGAAGUCCCGAGAAAUAGUGCCGACGCCUCAGAAGGCGGUCGGCGUGAAUCGAAUAAUCCGCGUGGUGUCGACCGGCGAUCUAACGUUCUCCAUCGACGAGUCCAACAACGCGGAGUCGAACGGGCCCACCAUGGUGUUCCCCGUUCGCAACGAGAACACCGCGACCUCGGCGAUGAUCUGCAUGACCACACCCGGCUUCGCCAUCACCCUCAUAGUCCUCCUCGCCGUGCUGUUGUCCUCGUGCAUACUCUCCACCUACCUCUGUCUACGGCUGAGACCGUUCUCCGGCAAGGCCAGGAAGGUCGCGAGCUAUUACACCGGCGAGCAGAACGCGCCGAAGAAGUCGAUGAGGACGUGUUUCUACUCAUAGUUUCCGGCGAUCGGUCCGAAAGAGACGCGUCGUCGAUCGGUCACGCUUAUCUUCUAAUCCGGCAAGUCUCGUCCGCGGGACUUGUCCGCGAUGGCUUUCGUGUAGCACACGAUUGCUCGUCGAAGCGAGCGCGAACGGUGAACCUCGAGGCAGAAGGCUCUCGCUCGUUCGUGCAGAAGGUAGAGACGGAACGGGAAAGCCAAACUUCGAGUUGCUCAAUGAUGGUUGCCAGAUUCCGAUUAGUAGUACCGUAGGAAGGAACUUUGGCGAUCCGGGUUCCUGUUUCGCGCUUGUUUUUGGAUCGUCGAGGAUCGCGUUCGACUUUUAAAACUGUAUUUCGUUGGGUUCAAGCGGAGACCGGUCCUCGCGGCCGCUCCAUUCCAGGUAUUCUAGAGGCUACAGAAUGUCGCAAGCACGAUUCUGUACACAGGCACGUACCAGAUAGAGUACAGAGUUCGUAACGAAAUAAAUAGGAUACUCUCCAGCUACGUGCGUCGCGUCUGCCCGGUCAGAACGAUCAAACGAUAUGGAUUUGUGCUUCGUCAUGGUGAAAUUUACGCUCAAACACUCGCGACGAAAGAGAAGGAGAAAGAGAGAGAGAGAGAGAGAGAGAGAGAGAGAGAGAGAGAGAGAGAGAGAGAAAGAAAUUUAGUCAAAGAUAAUCAAACGUUGCGCUCACGACAUCCUUGUUACAAUUAUCCCGGGACAAUGGUAUUUGGGUAUUCUAUACGUAUUUCUUUCUUAACUUUGUACCGGUCACAUGUGGACCACAUGCGACACGGUUACGCGACUAAGGCUGAAAUGUUGCGAGAUAAUAGUCUAUAUUUAUGUUUAAAGAGGAUACGUUCUUUAUAAAUAUCGUUGACAAUAUUAUCGUCGGUACCGUUAUUUAUUUGUUGCCUAGAAUGUCUGUCAUUCGCACGAUGUAUCUUGCGGGCUUGUAAUUGUGUAAGUGGCUGCCAAGAGAUCAUUAAAGGAACUGUAUACGUUUAGCCUAAUCAUUUUCAAAGCAAUUAUGACUCGAAGGAACGUGCUGCUACAUCCACGCGUUGCUUUAUUGCCUAAUAAAAAAAAAGAAAGAAGGAUGGAUAACGAUCUUAUUGCGAGUAAAGACGAAGGGAACGCGACAAAAAUGAGGUCGAAUGUGUAAAGCGAUAGUCAGUAGCUUGUAAUGGCAUGUAACAGUUUACGAUAUAAUGUUGUACGUUAACUUAAGCAAUUAGAUGUACGAAAUUCGAUAAGUUACUCGUCGUUUUUUUUUGUUUUUUUUUUGUUUUAAUAAGAAUCGAAUAAGUUUUGCGAUUAUACUUGCCAUUUGCGACGACGUUGAACAUUAUGGAUUAGGGAGGUGGCAAAAUUCGGAGACGUCGGAGAGUUUCGGGAGAAAAUGAAACCAGGACGAGAGCAAACGUCGGACCUGUGGAAAUCGGUUAAGGUGCUGUAAAUACAUUUAUUGGCAUUAUCAUUGAUUUAUGUUAAAUAAAAACAGAACGUCUCGAUUAACAA